CUGUUCGUCACCCAUUCGCCAUGAACGCUCGUUUCGUCGCUCGUCCUCUUGCCAGCGCUAGCCGCUCGCUGGCUGCUCGUCAGCUCGCCCAGCCCGUUGCCCGCCGUUUCGCUUCGAGCGAGGCCAUGGGCCAGGAGCUUGUUCAUGAGAGGGACCACGCCAAGGACCAUGCCGGAAAGAGCGCCGACAUGUGGCGCAAGGUUUCGGUCUACGGCUGCAUCCCAUUCGCCAUCGUCAUGGGCGUUUAUAUCUACCAGAUCGAAGCGGCCCACAUUCACCACCGUGACCACGAGAUUGCUGAGAACGGAGGCGAGCUGCCCGAGACAACCAAGUACGAGUACAACGACAUUCGCAAGAAGCCUUUCCCCUGGCACAACAAGGACGAGGGCAAGGACAACUCGUUCUUCUUCAACCCCAAGGCUAACCGCGACGUGGGGAUGUAAAGGAGUACCUUUCACUACCAGUGCCAUGGGCAAUCCAUUCAGGGAAUAGAAGCAUUUUUGUGCUUUGGACUGCAGGUGCUACAGUAUGCUGGACCCAGCUCACCAGCCCCAGGUGCCGGGACCACCCUUAAAGCCGCGGUCGCCGCCAGUGAUCUCCGGCGUGAUCCAAGAGCCAUCUUGAAUAGAAAGAUCCUGAAGCUUAGCUCGCGUGCAGCAAAGAGAGGCUUGAUGAUGGGACACACUCACAGAAGUCGCCUUCCUGUGCCGCCACCUCGUCCUCAUCAA